CCACUGCUGGACAAUGACGAGGCGCAGAGAGAAAAAAAGGAAGUCGCCGUGGCUCACACGGAAGAAGCACUCCAAAAGACUAUCGCCAGCGUCAUGCACGUUGAAGUCGAGAACCGUCGCAAGGCAGAAGCGACGAAGCUGCAGCGUCGCCUCGUCGUCUCCAACCUGGCCGCCGGCGCAGACGUAGACGAGAUGGAACGUCUGUUCUGGACUGUCGAUAUCACUUUCCUUCCGGAUAGGCAUCUGCUGAAGCGUACGCAGACUGCUCAUGUCGACUUCUGCUGCAGGGAGUCGGCGGUCCAGGCGUCGUACGUUUCUGGCCAGGUGUAUGGAUUGAUCUUCGAUGUCAGGUUGGCUAUG